CGUCUAGCGCAGAGGCGAGCCCGGGCCCUUCCCAGGAGCAGAGCAGGAGGCUUCUCCGUCACUGUCGGGGCACGGGCCGGGACUCCCUCCCUCACGCCCCGCCUCCUGCGGUCGCGUGCGUCACCGCCGCCGCGGGUCCUCCUGGGAGUUGUGGUUCGGACCCGACCCCGGGCUGCGGCGCCAGCGGGCUACAGACUACAACUCCCGGCAGGCCCCGCGGCGGCCCCAGGAGUCCCGAGCCCGGGGUCCUCGGCUGCCUCAGCCGGUGGUCUCGGCGCGGCAGGGCGGCCUGGCUGGCGGGAGCUGAGCAGCAGAGGGGCUGCGGGCAGGCUGUCACACACCGAGGUCGUUCGGCAGGCCACUGGCAGAUAGACUCGGCGCUUCUCGGCCCCCGGAGCCUCCAGGCCGAGCGGGCGGGGCGCAAACUUACGGGUCCCGGAGCAGUCCUGCCCGCCAUGGACCCAGACCCCCAGGCAGGCGUGCAGGUGGGCAUGCGUGUGGUGCGCGGCGUGGACUGGAAGUGGGGCCAGCAGGAUGGCGGUGAGGGCGGCGUGGGCACGGUGGUGGAGCUUGGCCGCCACGGUAGCCCCUCGACCCCUGACCGCACGGUAGUCGUGCAGUGGGACCACGGCACUCGCACCAACUACCGCGCAGGCUACCAGGGCGCACACGACCUGCUGCUGUACGACAACGCCCAGAUCGGCGUCCGCCACCCCAACAUCAUCUGUGACUGCUGCAAGAAGCACGGCUUGCGGGGCAUGCGCUGGAAGUGCCGCGUCUGCUUCGACUACGACCUGUGCACGCAGUGUUACAUGCACAACAAGCACGACCUUGCCCACGCCUUCGAGCGCUACGAGACGGCUCACUCCCGCCCGGUCACGCUGAGUCCCCGCCAGGGUCUCCCAAGGAUCCCGUUGAGGGGAAUCUUCCAGGGGGCGAAGGUGGUGCGGGGCCCUGACUGGGAGUGGGGCUCGCAGGACGGAGGGGAAGGGAAGCCAGGCCGAGUGGUGGACAUCCGUGGCUGGGACGUGGAGACGGGCCGGAGCGUGGCCAGUGUGACGUGGGCCGAUGGCACCACCAAUGUGUACCGUGUGGGCCACAAGGGCAAGGUGGACCUCAAGUGUGUGGGCGAGGCGGCUGGUGGCUUCUACUACAAGGAGCACCUCCCAAGGCUCGGCAAACCGGCAGAGCUGCAGCGCAGGGUGAGUGCUGAUGGACAGCCUUUCCAGCACGGGGACAAGGUUAAGUGUCUGCUGGACACAGACAUCCUGAGGGAGAUGCAGGAAGGCCACGGCGGGUGGAACCCCAGGAUGGCGGAGUUUAUCGGACAGACGGGCACCGUGCACCGCAUCACGGACCGUGGGGAUGUGCGUGUGCAGUUCGGCCAUGAGACCCGCUGGACCUUCCACCCUGGGGCUCUCACCAAGCACAAUGCCUUCUGGGUGGGCGAUGUGGUGCGGGUCAUCGACGACCUUGACACAGUGAAGCGGCUGCAGGCCGGGCACGGCGAGUGGACAGACGACAUGGCCCCUGCCCUGGGCCGCAUCGGGAAGGUGGUGAAAGUUUUCAGAGAUGGUAACCUGCGCGUGGCGGUCGGUGGUCAGCUGUGGACCUUCAGCCCCUCCUGCCUGGUGGCCUACCGGCCCGAGGAGGAUGCCAACCUUGAUGUGGCCGAGCGCGCCAGGGAGAACAAAAGCUCCCUGAGUGUCGCCCUGGACAAGCUUCGAGCCCAGAAGAGUGACCUCGAGCACCCAGGGAGACUGGUGGUGGAGGUGGCCCUGGGCAGUAUGGCCGGGGCUCUGGACCUGCUGAGGAGGCACCCAGAGCAGGUGGACACCAAGAACCAGGGCAGGACUGCCCUGCAGGUGGCCGCCUACCUCGGCCAGGUAGAGCUGGUGCGGCUGCUGCUGCAGGCGCGGGCGGGCGCGGACCUGCCGGACGAGGAGGGCAACACGGCGCUGCACUACGCCGCCCUGGGGAACCAGCCGGAGGCUGCCCGGUUGCUCCUGAGCUCCGGGUGCGGGGCCAAUGCCCUGAACAGCACCCGGAGCGCAGCCCUGCACGUGGCCGUGCAGAGGGGCUUCCUGGAGGUGGUGAGGGUCCUCUGUGAACGCGGCUGUGAUGUCAACCUGCCUGACGGCCAUGCCGACACACCUCUGCACUGUGCCAUCUCGGCGGGUGCUGGCGCCAGUGGCAUCGUGGAGGUCCUGACUGAGGUGCCGGGCAUCGAUGUCACUGCCACUAACAGUCAGGGGUUCACCCUGCUGCACCACGCAUCCCUCAAGGGCCACACACUAGCUGUUCGGAGGAUUCUGGCUCGCGCGCGACAGCUGGUGGAUGCCAAGAAGGAGGAUGGCUUCACGGCCUUGCACCUGGCCGCCCUCAACAACCACCGGGAGGUGGCCCAGAUUCUCAUCCGAGAGGGCCGCUGUGAUGUGAACGUCCGCAACCGGAAGCUGCAGUCCCCACUGCACCUGGCCGUGCAGCAGGCGCACGUGGGGCUGGUGCCGCUGCUGGUGGACGCAGGCUGCAGCGUCAACGCCGAGGAUGAGGAGGGGGACACGGCCUUGCACGUGGCACUGCAGCGUCAUCAGCUGCUGCCCCUGGCGGCUGAUGGGGCCGGGGGGGACCCGGGGCCCUUGCAGCUCUUGUCCAGGCUACAGGCCUCGGGCCUCCCGGGCAGCGGGGAGCUGACGGUGGGCGCGGCCGUCGCAUGCUUCCUGGCGCUGGAGGGCGCCGACGUGAACUACGCCAACCACCGCGGCCGGAGCCCGCUGGACCUGGCCGCCGAGGCCCGCGUGCUCAAGGCCCUGCAGGGCUGCGCGCAGCGCUUCCGGGAGCGGCACACGGGCGGCAGCGGGGGCGCGGCACCGGGCCCGAGGCUGGUGCUCGGCACCCCCAACACCGUGACGAACCUGCACGUGGCCGCGCCGUCGGGGCCCGAGGCCGCCGAGUGCCUGGUGUGCUCGGAGCUAGCGCUGCUGGUGCUGUUCUCGCCGUGCCAGCACCGCACGGUGUGCGAGGAAUGUGCCCGCAGGAUGAAGAAAUGCAUCAGGUGCCAGGUGGUCAUCGGCAAGAAGCUGCGUCCAGACGGCACGGAGGUGGCCAGCGCGACCCCGGCGCCCGGCCCGCCGCGGCAGCUGGUGGAGGAGCUGCAGAGCCGCUACCGGCAGAUGGAGGAGCGCAUCACCUGCCCCAUCUGCAUCGACAGCCACAUCCGCCUCGUGUUCCAGUGCGGCCACGGCGCGUGCGCGCCCUGCGGCGCCGCGCUCAGCGCCUGCCCCAUUUGCCGCCAGCCCAUCCGCGACCGCAUCCAGAUCUUCGUGUAGCCCGCGCCCCCCCCCGUCCAUCCCCCGCCUCGCCCGCCCCGCCACGUUCCGGAGCCACGUCCCGCCGUCGCCUACGCAAGCCCCCACCCGUGUUUUAUAAAAAGAUUCUCGGACUUU